GGCGCUAUUCGGCUAAGAGGCAGCGAAACUUACAGGUUACCCCCAAUUCGGUGGGUGUGUGCCAAAAAAGCAAAGAAGCAAACAAAUUAAUGUGUCAGGCAGUCAAUAGAAAGCGACAAUAUUUGCACAGGCGGCUCAUUAACUGGACAAUAGGGAAUCACAUCAUGAGUCAGCUAAUACCUUUUGUUGUGCUCUUUUGCUGGAGCCUGUCCGCUAAAGCGGCAGCAGAAGCUAGACUAAGCUUUGAGCAGGCGCGGCAGGCUGUCCUUAAUGCGGAGGAGGAACUCAUGACCGGCGGUCACACCUUUCUCAACGAUCAGGAGUCCAAGGUCGACGACCUCUUUAUGCAGUACAAGCUGGGCGAAUUGUCGCAGGGUUUUCGGAAUGCCGAACAAAAUGCGGCCGCGCUACAUUUCUUCAAAGCCAAGCAGCUAAUCGAUCGAAGCAGCGUUUUCAGAUUCCUGCAACAAAUGCCCAAAGGUGCCUUGUUGCAUCUGCACAAUACGGCGGCCGUCAGCUCCAGAUGGGUGGUCCAGAACAUGUCCUAUAUGCAGGGCCUUUUGCGCUGCACCAAUGCCGCCGGCCUGAGCAUUCUCUCUUUUCGGCGACUGCCAAAGCAGCACGGCUGCCAGUCGCAGUAUGUCCUGGUUAGUGAUGAGCGUCGAAAUUCCAUUGAUCCAGCGCUCUACGAUCAGAAUUUUGAACGCCUUACCAACCUCUAUACGCCGGUGCCGGAGUUUGAGUAUCCCACCAUCACUGCGGUAUGGAACAAGUUCCAGGACAUGUUCACCACUUUGGGGGACGCGCUCUGCUAUCUGCCGGUUUUUCGCGCCUAUCACUGGCAGUUGCUGGAGGAACUAUACAACGACAAUGUCAUGUAUGUGGAGAUACGUACCAGCUUAAAGGAGUUGUACGAUGCCAGUGGCCGCACAUUUCCCAAGGAGCAAACCGUACGAGAAUUGGCUGCCAUUGAUGAGAAGUUUCGGCGUCUUCAUCCCAAUUUUCUGGGCAUGAAGAUCAUUAAUGCCGUCUUUCGUGCCACAAGCUUGGAGGAAAUUCAAAAUCGUAUCCAAUAUUUUCGGCAAUUACAUCAACAGUUUCCCAACUUUGUUGUGGGCUUUGAUUUGGUGGGUCAGGAGGAUAAGGGUAAGCCCUUGUAUAGUUUCCUGCCAGCUCUGCAGGACUUGCCACCCACUGCUCGCUUCUUUUUUCAUGCCGGCGAGACAAACUGGUUUGGAGCGUCCACUGAUAUCAAUCUGCUGGACGCCUUGCUGCUUAAUACCACCCGCAUUGGACAUGGCUAUGCGCUGGCCAAGCAUCCGAUUUUGAUGAACGCUGUGAAGACGCGUGACAUUGCCGUGGAGGUCAGUCCGAUUUCCAAUCAGGUUCUGCAUCUGGUCUGGGAUAUGCGUAACCAUCCGGGCGCACAGUAUCUGGCUUUGAAUGUGCCCAUUGUAAUUUGUAACGAUGAUCCCGGUUUUUGGAAUGCCAAGGGACUCAGCUAUGAUUUUUAUUAUGCCAUCAUGAGUUUGGCGCCGAACAACGCAGGAUUGCGCCUCCUUAAGACUCUCGUGUGGAACUCGGUGCGAUAUUCGUUGUUGGAGGAGGGCGAACGACGUCGCGCCUAUGAGCUAUUGGAGAAGAGCUGGUCGCGUUUUAUCGAUAAGGUGCUGCAGGGCAGUGUCUUCUAAAAUAGCGUUAAAUGUACGAUAAAAUAAUUAGAAGAUGGUGUAAAAUUGCAA